CUAGGAUCUACCUACCUAUCUAUUACAACCCCGGAUUUCCAAUUAGCCAAUCCUAACCACCUCGACACUGAAAUCAUUAACCAUACGGUAAAACGUUUCAUCAUUUGUCUAUUGAUACAUAUAUCGAAUGACUUGAUCGUAAUAGUACGGCAAUUCUUAACAUUUUCCCAUCGCGGAAGUUCUUGACAAUUCUCGAAUAUGACACGAACUUCUUUCCAACGAUCCGCUCGUCACCCGCCACGAUGCCGCACCGAACCUAUAAUAUCGCCAUGGUUAGCGACUUCUUCUUCCCCCAGCCGGGAGGUGUCGAGAGUCACAUCUACCAGCUUGCCUCCAAGUUAAUCGACCGAGGUCACAAGGUCAUCGUGAUAACUCAUGCUUAUGACGACCGGAAAGGAGUUCGCUACCUUACAAACGGCAUCAAGGUCUUCCACGUCCCCUUCGCCGUCAUUUACCGAUCUGCCACCUUUCCCACAGUCUUCUCCUUCUUUCCCCUCUUCCGGAACAUCAUCCUUCGCGAAAAAAUCCAGAUUGUUCACGGUCAUGCCAGCUUGAGCACCCUAUGCCAGGAGGCAAUGCUACACGCUAGGACCAUGGGCCUACGAACCGUCUUUACCGAUCAUUCCUUGUUUGGCUUCGCUGAUGCGGCAAGCAUCUUGACUAAUAAACUGCUCAAGUUCACACUCAGCGAUGUCGACCACGUAAUAUGCGUCAGUAAUACAUGCAAGGAGAACACAGUUCUUAGGGCGGCCCUAGAUCCUCUCAUGGUCUCCGUCAUUCCGAAUGCUCUCGUCUCCGAAAAUUUCAAGCCCCUGCCCCGUCCAGACCUACAUAGCCUACCAUUCGUCCAACAUCCUCUGCCGGCGCACCCCCUCGGACCCAACGACACCCUGACUAUCGUUGUUAUUAGUCGUCUAUUUUACAACAAGGGCACAGAUCUCCUCAUAGCAGCCAUCCCUCGAAUUCUAGAGAACCAUCCGAAUACGCGCUUCAUCAUCGCCGGCUCGGGACCAAAGGCUAUCGAACUAGAGCAGAUGAUCGAACAGAACGUGCUGCAGGACAAGAUCGAGAUGUUGGGGCCCGUGCGGCACGAAAAUGUACGCGACGUGAUGGUGAGGGGUCACGUCUACCUACACCCCAGUCUAACAGAAGCAUUUGGGACAGUCAUCGUCGAAGCCGCCAGCUGCGGUUUAUAUGUCGUAUGUACGGCUGUCGGAGGCAUUCCCGAGGUACUUCCCUCACACAUGACAGUAUUCGCGAAGCCCGAGGAGGAUGACCUAGUAACCGCAACAGGGAGGGCUAUUGCGGCUCUCCGUGCGAAUAAAGUCCGCACGGAGAAGUUCCACGACCAGGUCAAAGCCAUGUACUCAUGGACCAACGUUGCGAAGCGCACCGAACGCGUCUAUCAAGGCAUCUCGGGGGAUGUCAGCGAGGCCGAGUUUUACGGCUUCGAUGUUAAUCAUGACCCACAUUGGCAUGCCACACGCGGGCGCAACUUUUCUCUGAUUGACCGGCUCAAGCGCUACUACGGUUGCGGUGUCUGGGCUGGCAAGCUGUUCUGCCUGUGCGUCAUCAUUGACUACCUGAUAUUUGUGUUUUGUGAGUGGUUCUGGCCCAGGGACCGGAUCGAUUUCGCGCGGGAUUGGCCGCGAAAGAAGUUUGAAGGCGAUGACGAUGAUUAGGGUUAUGACGUGUAAAAGCCGUGCAGAGACGGAUUUAUUUAUGUAUUCGAACAUAAGGUUAACUACCUAAUUCCAGGUCGGGCGGAGAUAUUAGCAGCAAAUAGAGAUACCCAUUGCUUAGAUGUUGACGCAGUUUAUGUUAUACGCGCCGACCCUACCUACCACAUAGUUGCGAAUAAAGAGCAAUGCCAUUGGAUAAUAUAACUCUUCAA